GGCCCCCCCUUCCUCUUCUUUAGAUCAAAUUUUUCCAUAUGUCAAUGGCGUCCUCCUUAAAAUGCUCCUCAUACAAGAAAUACGAAAUCAGAAAGCGAGACCCAAACCCCAAAACAUCUGCUCUAUUAGUAAUCGACAUGCAAAACUAUUUUUCCUCUAUGGCCAAACCUAUUCUCAACAAUGCAAUCACCACCAUCAACCUCUGCCGACAAGCUUCAAUCCCCGUUUUCUUCACUCGCCACUGCCACAAGUCCCCUGCGGACUACGGCAUGCUCGGGGAGUGGUGGGACAACGAUCUCAUCUUUGACGGCACCGUUGAUUCCGAGCUAAUCCCGGAGAUCGGACAGCUAGCCAGAGCCAACGAGGUGGUGGAGAAAAACACGUACAGUGCGUUCCAGAACACGCGCCUGCAGGAGAUGUUGCUGGAGAAAGGAGUGGAGGAGGUUGUAGUUACCGGUGUGAUGACGAAUCUGUGUUGCGAAACGACGGCUCGUGAAGCGUUUGUGAAAGGGUUUAGGGUGUUUUUCUCAACGGAUGCUACGGCUACCUCGGAUUUGGAGUUGCAUGAGGCUACUUUGAAGAACAUGGCUUACGGGUUUGCUUACCUCGUCGACUGCAAGGGGCUUCAGCAGGGGCUUUUUGGGAAUGAGAUAAACUGACAAAGUGACUUUGUUUCCCAUGACCAAGAAAUUGUAUAAUAGCCGGUUUCAUUUUCUUUUUUUUUUUUUUUUUUUUUUUUUGUGGCAAAACAAUCGGUUUCACUUCUGUAAUCUUCCUUAAUUUUUUUUCCCUGUCUUUUCUUAUAUCUAUGUCUUUUGUUAGGUGUAUUUUGUUUGAAUGAUGAUUUUUUUAACUCGA